AAAUAAUUCAGUUGGAAAAUUAAUGUUAAAAGUGAUACAUCAUAAAUCAUUAUGGCAGCGCCUUAUGUUAAAUUAAAUAAUGGUUUAAGGAUACCGGCACUUGGGUUAGGUACCUAUCAAGCAAAUUUAGCAGGUGAAUGUGCAAAGGUUGUAAAAAAUGCAAUAGACGUAGGAUAUCGACACUUUGACUGCGCAUUCAUUUAUGGAAAUGAAAAAGAAAUUGGUGAAGCAUUCCAGGAAAAACUUAAAGACGGAACUGUAAAACGAGAAGAAUUAUACAUCACAACUAAAUUAUGGAAUAAUUGCCAUAGACCAGACAGAGUUGUCGAUGCUUGCAAAAAAUCCUUAAACAAUUUUGGAUUAUCUUAUGUAGAUUUGUAUUUGAUUCAUUGGCCAUGUGGCUAUGAUUCUCAAGAGGGAGACGAUAUUUUUCCUUCUAAAUUUACUUUAUCAUCAUAUUCUUUUGUUGAUACUUGGAAAGAAAUGGAAAAGUGUGUAAAACUUGGUUUAACUAAAAGUAUUGGAAUAUCUAAUUUCAAUCAUGAGCAAAUUGAAAGACUAUUAAAACAUGCUGAAAUUAAACCAGUUGUAAAUCAGAUCGAAGUUCACCCAAAUUUAAAUCAAAAGAAAUUAAUAGCAUUUUGCAAAGAGCGAAAUAUUGAAAUAGUUGCUUACAGCCCAUUUGGCGCACCGUCAAGACCAUGGGCAAAACCAAAUGACCCUGUAGUAAGAUUAGAUGAUCCAACAUUUGUAAACAUUGGUAAAAAGUAUGGGAAAACAUCAGCUCAAGUAAUCUUACGUUACUUGGUAGACAUUGGCACGAUACCAAUUCCAAAAUCAACCAAUAAAGAACGUUUAAAAUUGAAUAUCGAUAUUUUCGAUUUUAAAUUAACACCUGAUGAAAUUGCAAUUAUUGAUAAAUAUGAUUGUAAUGGAAGAAUAUGUAGCGCAGAAGAAAUGAAAAAUCACCCAGAGUAUCCAUUUAAUCUGGAAUAUUAAUCAAAAAUAAAAUUAUUAGUAUAGUAAAAAAAAAAAUAGUGAACAUAAUUGAACUUUCAAAUCUAAAGCAUGUUAAGUGUGUAGGAAGAAAAUUUUAUAAAUAUUUCGUUCGAAAAUUAAAUUUUUGCAAUAGAUAUUAUGAAAAACAACUUGAAUGUUUAAGACACUUUAGUGAAUGAAUUAAGAUUACGUUAUCUUGAGAUAGUCCGAAGACAUUUAAAAAAAAAAACUACUUUUUAAUAUCUAAAUAAAUAUCGAUAAAAAAAUUUCAAAACUAUAAUACCCUACAUUUAUGUAACAAAUCAGGUGUAUAUAAAUUUAGUUCAAAGCUAAAAUUUACAGUUUUUCUUUAAUUACCGAAAACAAUUAC